CUCCCAUCUCAUCUCAUCUAAUCUCUCCCUUCCAUUGCUCUAUCUUUCUCUCCUGUCUCCCCCUCUUGUUGGUUCUCUCUGGUAGCAUUCUCUACCCAAUCUAUAGCUUGAUUCUCCUCCAUAUAUAUAUUUACAAAAAUAUAAAGCUUUUACAAAAGACACAUAUAUAUAAAGCUACUACAAAUUAAUAUAAGCCAUGGCCUUCUCAUCUUCUGUUCCAGCUUAUAACUUGGAUCAUCACACCAAUUGGCAUCAUCAGUUGCAGCCACAACAUCAACAGGCGCCUAAUAGCCAUCAACAACAACUUGUUCAAAAUCCCAAUCUUGCUCCGCCGCCUCAAGCUGAUCAAGGCUCUAUCAGACCUGGUUCCAUGGUUGACCGAGCCCGGAUAGCCAAGCUACCACUACCCGAGGCAGGAUUGAACUGCCCGCGAUGUGAUUCAACUCAGACCAAGUUCUGUUACUUCAACAACUACAGCCUUACUCAGCCGCGCCACUUCUGUAAAACCUGCAGGCGUUACUGGACCCGUGGCGGUGCCUUGAGGAGCGUUCCUGUAGGUGGCGGCUGCAGGAGGAACAAAAGAAGCAGAAGUAGAACCUCAAAGUCUCCAAACUUGGUCAACACUAUUAACCAGAAAGGGCCUAGCAGCAGUGUCAAUAUUAGCACCGAAAGCCCCUCAAGAUCAGCUGACCAAGUGGUGGUUAGCCAUAAUAAUCCGUUUUCGUCACAAGUACCUCUCAUGGCUGCUUUACAGAAUCUUAAUAGUCAUUAUGGAGCGGUGGCUGGAAGUACUUAUGAAGGAUUUCAGAUGGGUAAUGGAAGUUUUGGUCAAUCCGAUACGGGAUUCCAAUUAGGUCACCACAAUAUUUUAACUAGUAGAGGACAAGGGUGGAGACUACCAAUUUUAGCUGGCUCUGAACAAGCAUCUGGCCAUACAAAUGUAUUUUCGUAUUCUCAAGGAGAAAGAUUCGAAGCAGCAUCUGCUGGUCAGGUGAAGGUCGAGGAGCCUCGACGAGUACUGAAUUUGUCAAGGCAAUUUUUGGAUGUUUCAGAUGAGAAGAAUACUAAUACGACUAAUGAUAGUAAUCAGUACUGGGGUACUAGUGGGGGAAACUCAUGGACUCCAGAUUUCACUUCUCACAUUAACAACACAUCUUCUGCUAGCCCUUUUCUGUAGAUUUGAGAUCUAAUUUCAUGUUAGAUCUCCUUGAAGCUUUGGUUCUCCUUGCAUGCUUAAUUCGAAGAGUCUAACAUGAUUAAUGCAAAUCCAGGUGGAGAUGAAAGCUUCCAGAAUGAUCAAGAGAGAUCGAGCACAUUGAUUGAUGAUUCUAUCAAUGCGAGAUAUAUAUAUUUAUAUUAUGGUACUACUAGAGUUGGAAUAAUACUUAUUAUCUUGUUUAUGUUUGGUUGAAGUGUUUCCUUGUCAAAAUGUUUGUAGGGCAACUUGAGAAAAUUAAGAAGCUUGUUGUAGUUGUGUGUGCAAGUUUGCUAUAUGUGUGUGUGUGAUAUAAGUAUAGCCGUACAGGAAGACCAUUCUUUCA